GCAUGUACAAUACGUUUAAUCUCGCAUGUUGAACUGUUCGAAAUAUCUAGAAUAUAUCUAGAAUAAGACGUCAGUGAUUCUUCUUUUGCAUUUUUAUGCGAUUUGCAGCAGGCAAAGUGCAAACGUGCUUAACUCAAGCGUGACGGAUGCGCAGAGAUGCGUAAUUGGCACGCGUGAACUCUGCAACCAGAACGAUGGCAUCGCCAAGAUUUCACGUACGUACGACAUGUUUUCAACGACUGAUUCGUUGACAAAGACCGAUUCGCUAGUGGUAAGUCGAAAUGGAAGGGGCCCAACAAGCGAGUCGAUGGAUGGGUCGGUCAGUGUACUCUUCGCGAUGGCUGCAUCAAGUACCAACGGUAUACCAACAUCAAGUGUCGUCGAGCUGUUGGAGAAGUUCCUGAAGAUUCUCAAAGAGGAGCGUGUGUUUGACCAAUCCAAUGAUCAGCCUGUUGUACGAUUCUGUUAUCCCUCAUCUUUAAUGAAACAGAUAUCAAUCUCUUUGGAAGAUGAGCCAGCAAAUCAUGAAGAGAUCGAAACAGCGAUACGACAGACUAUACAUUAUUCCGUGAAAACGUCCAGUCCGCAUUUUCACAAUCAACUUUACGCUGGAAUUGACGAAUUUGGAUUAAUUGGUUCCUGGUUGACGGACGUAUUAAACACUAGCCAGUAUACUUACGAAGUCGCGCCCGUAUUUACCUUGAUGGAGCGAGAAGUGAUGCAGAAGUCGCUGGAGCUGUUUGGCUAUCCGUCGAUGCCAAAUGCUGACGGUAUAAUGUGUCCAGGAGGUAGCAUAUCGAAUAUGUACGGGAUGGUGUUGGCCAGACAUAAGAAGAUACCGCAAGUGAAAAAAUCGGGGCUCUGUUCCCUAAACCUACCCCUAGCGUGUUUUACCAGCGAAGACAGUCAUUACUCAAUUCUAAAAGCUGCCAAUUGGUUGGGCAUUGGCACUGACCAUGUGUACAAGGUGAAAACGGACGAGUUUGGUCGCAUGAAAGUGGAUGAUCUGAAGAGACUCUUAAUAAAGGCGAGGAACGACGGGACCCUGCCAUUCUUCGUAAAUGCUACCGCCGGAACUACGGUGCUCGGUGCUAUCGAUCCAUUACCGGAAAUUGCCGCGAUAUGUCGGAACGAGUCACUUUGGCUGCACGUAGACGCUUGUCUGGGUGGUACCUUGUUAUUAUCGGAUAAGUACCGGCCGAGGCUGCGAGGCAUCGAAUUAUCAGAUUCAGUGUCUUGGAAUCCGCACAAAAUGCUUGGAGCGCCGUUUCAAUGUUCCUUGUUCCUGGUUAAAGGUAAGAAUAUCCUACACGAGGUGAAUAGCGCCAAAGCGGGAUAUCUUUUCCAACAGGACAAAUUCUAUGAUGUUAGCUGGGACACAGGUGAUAAAAGCGUGCAAUGCGGCAGGAAGGUGGACGCAAUGAAAUUUUGGUUAAUGUGGAAAGCCCGCGGUAAGAUCGGCCUUGCACGAUCGGUGGAACGAGCGAUGUUCUGCGCGGAAUACUUUUUGAAGCGAAUUAAAGAGACUGCCGGUUUUCGAUUGGUGCAGCCUCGCUAUCACUGUUGCAAUAUUUGCUUUUGGUAUGUGCCACCGACAAUGCGUAAUCAGAAAGAAACUCCAGCUUGGUGGGAGAAACUGUAUCAGGUCACAAUUGAGAUAAAGAAACGCAUGAAUAUGAACGGAUCUCUGAUGAUUGGUUAUACACCCUUACCUCAGAAAGAACUUGGCAAUUUCUUUCGCAUGGUCGUGAACUGCCAACCACCUCCCACAAAAUCGUCCAUGGAUUACGUUGUCAGGCAGAUUGAAAAAUAUGCGGCUGAUUUGUAGAAAAAGAAUCCAUUUUAGUUCCCUUCGUUUCACAAACUAAAUGUAUGAUGUUGACGGUAAAAAGUGACAUGUGAAACACUUAGUCGAAACACGAAGUCAUUAAAAAAAUUUUUAUCUUUAUUGCGAACAAAUGCAUCGAGUAUAGUAUUAUUCGCGUAUACAUGUGACCUUGAUAAUGAUAAUUUGUCUGAUGCCGACAACAUCAAACGUUGUUACAUAAUUUCAUGAUCAUAUAUUAUCUCAUAUAUCAUUAUCUCAUAUUUUUCUUAUGACGGAUUACAUAAAUUCGCAAGAGACAUCAUCAGUUAUCAUAAUCAAACUGUUGAAUUAUCAUAAUCAAACUGUUGAAUAAAAAUAAAAUGUUCUGGAAGACAA